UUGGCCUGACUCCAGUGGAUGAGCCACAUUUAUUGACCAAACGACAACUGACUGCCCCCUUGUUGAGUCUCUAUCAUAUGUUUAAAGUAUUCAUCACGUGUGAUUUAUUACAUCCAGAAAUGAAGCUAAGAAAUCAGAACCAUAUAUGUUCCGUGCCAGCUGGUAUCAGAUAUGAUGGUGAUGUAGCAUCUCUAUGAAUUGAGAGCCUGAAAAUCAUAUGCUCUUAACAAGUUUAAGGUUUAACCUUGAACAUUAUAAGGUUAUCAGUAAGUCUGUCAGGGGACGUUUUUCCGUAUAAAUUUGAGCACCCUGCAAAUGAAUUUAAGCUACAAAUUGAAUUGACAAAAAAAAAUGGAGAGACUGGUUAGCAUAAGCGUUGUGUUCUUGGCCUGUCUGGUGGCUUCUGCCACAGCCCAAAGUGCUUCUAAUGUGAGAGCCACCUACCAUUACUACUACCCUGAGCAGAAUAACUGGGACUUGACUGCUGUCAGUGCUUUCUGCUCCACAUGGUAUGCUGAUAAGCCCUUGGAAUGGCGCAGCAAGUAUGGAUGGACCGCCUUCUGUGCACCGGAAGGUCCUCAAGGGGAAGAGGCCUGUGGAAAGUGCUUAAAGGUGACCAACACCGGCACUGGAGCUCAGGCAACUGUGAGAAUCGUUGAUAAAUGUGGCAAUGGAGGCUUAGAUUUGGACUGGAAUGUGUUUCAACAGAUUGACACUGAUGGAAAAGGCUAUGCUCAAGGCUACCUUAUCGUGAACUAUGAGUUUGUGGAUUGUGGUGACAGUACCCUUGUCAGUUCCCAUUAAUUUUUACCUCACAAAAUGUCAUGAAUAAUCUGUAAGAACCGCCAUCUAAUAAAGUGUUAUUGGAA